AUGAUGCCUAUAUCUAGUUUAGUCAGCAUCUUGCUUAGAGCACUCCAGACCAUAUGCGCAGUUAUCAAUUUUGGUCUCGAUAUGGCGAUCUCUGGCAUGCUCUUAGAUGCAACCACCUAUGGUAAUUGGUGGGUAUAUCUUCUAAUUGUUUUCCUGCUUACAAUAAUAUAUUUGGUAGUGGUUCUAGUGCCCGCAUGCUUGAAACGAGUCCCCCCUUGCGUAUUCUUUAUAACCGAAACUAUAUACGUGGUCUUAUGGCUAGUGUAUUUCGCAGCAAUGGUUGCAGCGUUCAAAAGUAGAUCCUGUUCGAAAGCGUACUACAUGAGCGAUACGUGGUGCAAUUUGGAAAGUCCGGUGAUAGCAUUCGGGGUAAUUACCUGGUUGAUUUUCUGUUUAUCGUUGGUGUUACUUGUGGUAUUCACAAUUAUUCCCUGUCUACGUACUCGAGGUAUUCACGGCUUAAUCGCACCCACUAGUUUCAAAAUUGGGGCCUUAUAUUUGCAAGAACGACCUACAGAACUCACACAUGACGUGGAACUAGGUCCUGUACUUUCCACGAUGGAAGGGACAAGUGAAAAGAUCCUAACCCUAUAA